GCUUGCAGUCCGGGCCAGGCCGGGGACCACCCCGAGGAGGCGCUCCGGGCACCGGUCCGACAACCGCCAGCCGCUCUCGGCUGCUGCAGCCUCCUCUAGAGCCUCCCCCAAGGGUGCAAGAGUCCACACAUGCCGUGUAACGGCCGAAGGGAGCCCCGGUGUCCCCCGGGUAUCUCCGGGCCGGGGAGGAAGCCAAGAGCCCCGGCUGCCACUCGCCUGGGAUUCCCCCGCCCCCCGGCCCCGCUCUCCCUGGCCUGAGUAUGCUUUGCCUCCUGUCCCUUCCGAGGAGAGGGACGCACGCAGGCUGGGGGUCGCGGCUUGUCUUGCGCCGCCCGCACCCAAAUCCCAGCGCGGCCCACCAGGAAACCGGCAGCUGCUCCCCGCACUGCUGCUCAAACUAUUUGAAUACCCGGCGAGGGCGGGCCGCGCUGCCUCGGCUGGGUGCGCCCUGGGGGCCGGCGAGGGAUCCCAGGGAAGGCAACUGGGGCAUUUCGAGCGCGUGGAAAGUUCGCGCUUCCGCUCGCCCUGCUGGAAAGUGCUAGUAAACACUCUGCAAGGCUCCUGCAGCGCAGCCAGGUGCUACGGUCUGAUGUUGUUUUUAUUGACUGAUAACCUGAUCGUGAGUAGAGGCGGGGGCGAGGGGGGAGAAAAGGGACCAGGAGUACACGGCCAAAAUCAUAAUGACAAUCCUGACUGUCAUAUAAUUCCAUUUGCCAGGAAAGCAGGGAAGACUGGGUGGGAAAUGGGGAAAAUGGGGGGAGGGGGAGGAAAGGAGGUUUCCACAUCCUUAAAGGAAAUUCUCAGGCUCCUGGAGACGCCCAAGUUUUGCUUGACAAGCAGAGACCGGCUCUCCAGGGAGUUCCCGGUUUGCAGCGAGCGGAGCGCGGCCGCGAUCUCCCCGCCGGGCCCAGCCCUCGCGACCGCCUCCCUCCCCCGUAGCCCAGCGCGCAGCACAUCCCUCGCUUGCUCGCCGGCUCCAGACUGGUUUUUCUGGUUCAGCCUCCCUCCCUGGGACGCGCUGGGGGAUCCGAUGACGUCGCUGGCUGAGUCGCUCCCUCUUCCUCCUCCCUCGCCUCCCCUCCCCCUAGUAACUUCUGUUCAGGGAGGCGCUGCCAGGAAUAACCCCGGCGUCCACAGCCGGGCGGGGAGCGGCCGCUGCGGCUCCGCACGCAGCCAACUGCGGCUCGGGCCUCGCGGCGCCCUCCCGAGCCGGCAGCCCCUGCCCUGGGUCCCUCUCCGUACAGUGUCAGAAAAAUAAAUAAAGGAAAGAGGAGCCUGGGCUGGCGGUCGGGAUCGCUUCCCUCCCUCCCCGCCCGCCCUCCCUCCCUCUGUCCUUAAGGAAAUGCUACCAGACACCCCCCACCAGACACGCUCAGCCUGGGCGAGGAGCGGCCGCCGCGGCAGCGAGAACAAGGGCACCAGGGGGGUUUCCUCUCCCUCCUCCUCUCCCUCCUCUUUUUCGUCCUCCUCCUCCUCAACGGUGACUUUCCAGUGCCAUACCGAGACCUGCACUCAGAAAAUUUGGAGGAACAUUUUAAAAUAGGGCGGGAUUGACGAAUUUACCUGAGAAAUUGAGACUCGAGAUUAUGAGAAUGUGUGGUUGGACCGAAAGCAGGUUUCCAGGUAGGAUAUCAAAAUUGCUUUCUUCAGCGCCUUUGUAUUUGAUUCUGUAGAAGCCAAAUCAUCAUUUUGUUAGGAGGUGUAUAAUCCAAAAAGGUGGCGAGGGGAUGGCACAGAUAGCAAGGCUGCCUUAGAAAAUCAUUUUGCCUUCCUUUUUUAGAUUCUUUAAUUUGACUUCCAAACGAUACGUUAAUAGCUGAGUUUUGAAAUGAAGUCAUAGAGGAACUUGCAGAAGUAUAUCUGUAGACCCUAUAGGAUAGAGUAGAACUGCAAAAGUAUUAUAGGUAUGAUUUUUGAGUGUGGAAGCCUACAUGAAAAGUAUUAAUCAGAGUAUAGAUAAUCUUAAAAUUUAUCAUUUCAGAGAAACCAACUACGGAGCAUAGGAUGUUUUAUGUGUUUCACAGCAUAUUUAUUAAAUAUGGACUGAUUUACAUUUUGUAUUUCUUAUGUACUCUCCUAAGUUGUGCUAAGGUCAUGAACUCUUUCGGUUGAGUGGGAGGGGCUGGGGGAAGAGAAAAAAGCUUGCAGAUCACGUAAAUGCUCAAGUUUUGGCAUACUGAUUUCAUAAAAACAAGAAUCAGUUUGCCAGCAGCUUCCAUUAUCUUGUAAUCUUACAAGGAGCAGGUUAAAAAAAAAAAAAACAAGAGAGUUGAUGCAGAACACGAAGACAAGCAGCCGAAAAUCUGAAACACAAGCGGAGUUAAUAUUAUGCAGUGGUUCUUUGCUAUUGGACAUAUAAAAACAGUGUGAUCCCGCCAUCUACACUACAGAGGUUUCAGCUCCAUGGCAACACGCAGAACCUAUUCUGUGGAGGGUGUGUAUAUACAAAUGCAUUCAAAGCACGGGGUUGGGAGUGAGUUUGGGGGAAAAACAAAACAACCCUCCAAGUCCUGCCCACACAUUUUUAUAUGUGCAUUAUAAUAAGGCCUUUGUUCCAGGAGUCAGAUAGAAGUUCAUGUCAGCUGCCCUCCCGUCUUUUACAUGAUCUAGCUGCCAUCACCCCCCUCCCUUCUCUAGGCAGAAAAGAAAAAAGGAGGCUAGAAAAGGCAAUUACAGAAUGCUGCUGCAAUGAAAAUGCACUUUCCCCUCUGUCUUUUUGGAACGUCACCAUAGUUAUUGCUUUUCUGUGUGUCUCUGGGGGCAUUCUGCUGCUUCUUUGCACAGUCUUAUUCUAGAGAGAGCCUUUAAAUUGCAGUCUUCAGGUUGUGUAGGGGUUCAGGACAGCAGUAAUCAGCUCCCUCCUCUGGGGAAAGAGGGCUUUCUGUCUGUCCUCUGAUGGCCUCCCUUUUAUUUAAGGACCACGCUGACCUGCAUGGCUGGAGUGAUGGGUGAAUUAAGUACUCUUGUCCAUAGCUUCUCAGGCUCUAGCUCAACUGGGAAACUUCAGAUUUCUUCUCCCGCUCACGCGUCACAGCCACACUCAUCUCCAUCUAUACCAUCAGUCCUUUGCUGAGUCCCUUCAUUCUGAAGAAAUAAUCUCACUGUUUGACUCUUUAUUAUAUGUCUGUGUUUCUGUCCCGCACCUUAGAAAUGAUAGAACAAUAGGAAAAAUGUUUAUUUUUGCUGUACGCAAUUUAGCUGAUCUGGGAGAUGACCUGAAUGCCCUGCUCUAUCCUGGUUAACUCUGAGAACCGUCUCUAAUAAAAAAAAAAAAAAAAAGUUUUAGAUAAUUUAAAGAAAAAAAAAAACUAGUUGCCGCCGAGUUGAUUCCAACUCAUAGUGGCCUCCUACGUUUUCAGAGUGGGAGUGUGCUCCAUAGGGUUUUCCAUGGCUGUGAUCUUUCGGAACUAGAUCACCAGGCCUUUCUUUCGAGGCAUCUUUGGGUGGAUUUGAACCACCAACCUUUCCGUUAAUUGCCAAGCACUUAAUUGUUGAACCACCCAGGGACUCCUUAGACAAUUCUAGUUCCACCCAAAACUUGAGGUUGAAUGUCAGUGGUUAUCAGCACUAGGUUCAGGUGAUACGACAGGAAUUAGAGAUCCAAGAAAUAUUCUGUUCAGUACAGAUCUUUACUCUUUUUCAAUCACCCCUGAGCUUAAUGCCUACCCAGUAUUAUAGAUGGCUCUAGUGGUAGAAGGAGAUAAUUGAUGAGAGGCCUAAGGAGAGAUUGGGUUCUGUGCUUCUGAAGAUCCUUACAUAAACAACAGCUAAAUGUUGUUUUCAGCUUAAACUUUGGGCUAUCCUAUUAGACUUCACACAGAGAAACGAUCUAGUUCUCUCCCAUUGUUUCUGCUUAGAACAUUCUUUUUGGAGUCUCUCUCUUAAAAUUUUUUUCUCUUAAAAAUAAAUUUCCUGUGGCCAAGAUUAUAAAUGCCCAUAUGCAAUUGAUUUAUUGAUUUGCUUGUUCAAGUAUUUUUGACUUACUGUUUGGAACCAACCUGAACAUGCAAAGAACAGGCAUGUAUCUGUCCCUGAGGAACUAUUGGUCUAGAAGUGAAGACUGCAGACUGCAUACAAGUGCAAAACAUUGUGAAAUGGGUUAUAAGAGAAGGAUGCACAAAGCCUAGCUGUACAUAAAAGCGAUGCACUCAGCCCUGCUUGAGGUAUUUGAUAGGGGAAUAAAUGCUUGAGUUGCCUCUUGCAAGAUGAGUAGGAAUUUGCCUGGUAGGCAGCAAGGGGAAGGACAUUUCAGGAACAUAGAACUCUGGCAUGCAAAGACCCAGAUGCAUGGGAAAAGCGAGAUGUAUUUGUAAGCAAUAAACCUUUAUACGGCUGGACCACAGGGUGGCGGGGGGGAGGGGAGUGGGAUGCGAAGGGAAGGAUCUAGAGACCUUGGCAGUGACCAGGCCCAAGAGGACAUACCAUGCUGGUAUGUUUGAACUGUAUCCUUUAGGUGAUGAGGAGAGGGAUGUUCAUAUUUGUAUUUUACAAAGAUGUAUCAUUUAGCAUCAUGAGAAUGAAUUAGAGGACAUGAAGCCUGGAUUGGAAGACAUGGAUUGCAGACAAUUAGAAGUAUCUUCAAAGGAAAAAAAUAAAGGCCUGAACUAACGCUGUGAUAUUCAGAACAGUGAGCACAGGAUGGAUUGUCAAGCUUGGGAAACAGUACUUGGUGGUGAGGGCAAGAGAAGCCAAUUCCUAGGACUCUAGCCUGGGUGACAAGGUGGGUAGUGAUGACAUUGCUCGGGAUAAGGAGUAGAGGAAGAUGAGCAGGUCUUUGAGGAAGGCAGUGUCCUACAUUUUAGAUUUGUUGUAUCUCUGGUCAUUGGGUGGUCAUAGGUGAUUUGUGGAAAGAACACUGACGUUGAGCUAAGAAAAUACCUGAGUUUAAAUUUGACUUCUCCAACUUAUUACCUGUGUGUUCUUCGGUAGGUUACUUAACCUCUGUGAUCCUUAAUUUCCUUGUCUGUAAAGUGGAGAUCAUAAUUACUAGCUUGCAGGCUGUUUGAGAUAGGUAAAGGAGAUAAUCCCAGUGAAGCUCCUGACCCAAAGCCACUUCUCAAAAAGAAGGCAGAUUAUUACCACUGCAGUGUUCUGUAGGCAGAUACUGAGAUCUGGAAUUCAGCGGAGAGACUGAACAUGCAGACUUGGAGUCCAGCAGGUACGAGAAUAGAAUUUAUCAGUGGGGUGAAGUGGCAUGCUCAUUCAUUCAUCCAGAACCAUUUGUUUUGAGCUGGCUGUGUGCCAAGCUCUGUGAGAACUAGGGAAGCCAAGAUGAAAAAUAUUUAGCCCCUGGCCUCAAAGAUCUUGAGUCUAUAGAAUGAGGCAGAGAAGAAAAUUGAGCAUGUUUUGAAUAAGAAGAGGAUCGGGGCAAAGCAAUAUACUUUGACUUUUUUUUUCUUUUUUAAUUGUGUAAGAUAAUAUACAUACAGAAGAGAAAGUAUACAACUUGAUUUUUUACAAACUGAGCAGCAGAUCAAAAAACAAAACAAAAAAACAGAAAUCAUCAACCCUCUUCCACUCACAGAAGAACCUAAGGGUAACUAUUAUCCUAACUUUUUACUCCAUGUGUUGAUUGAGACUAUGUUGGUACUGUGUGUUUAUAUAGAUACAGUGGCUGCAACAAUGGGCUCAAACAUAGCAAAGAUUGUGAGGAUGGCACAGGACCAGGCAGUGUUUUGUUCUGUUGUACAUAGGGUUGCUAUGGGUCAGAACUGACUCAAUAGCACUUAACAACAACAAAUAUAUAUAUGGAAUUCCAUAUGUAUAUGGAAUUAUAUACUAUCUCCUCUUUUGUGUCUUCUUUCACUUAAAAGUAUGUUAGAUUCAUUCACAUUGUUGUGUGUAACAUUCAUUCCCAUUGCUGUGUACUCUUCCAUUGUAUGAAUAUACUACAAUUUAUUCAUACUAUUAACGAUUGAGUUACCUUUAUUUUGACCUAUUAGAAAUAGUUCUUCUAUGAAUAUAUAGUAAAUGUCUGUUUAGUACAUACCAAGGAAUAGAGCUGCUGGAUCAUAAGACUUGUGUAUAUUCAGCUUCAGUAGUUAACUGCCACACACUUUUUCAAAGUGGUUGUACUGAUUUAUAUUCCCUCAUUAUAUUCUCAGUGCAUGAGAGUCCUAAUUGCCUCCCAUGGUGGUAUUUUCCUCUUAGCCAUUCUGGUGUUUAUUUAGUGGUGUUGCCUCGUGGCUUUGAUUUUCAUUUCUCUGAUGAUUAAUGAAGUUGAACUCCUUUUCAUGGGCUUAUUGGCCAUUGGAUAUUUUCUUUUAUGAAUUGCCUGUUCAACUGUUUUGUCCCCUUUUCUGUUAGGCUUUUUGCCUUUUUACAGCAUCAGUGUUAAACAAUAAAAAUCAUUUAUGGAGGACCUACUGAGAACUAUGCUAGCAGUAGAGCUAGAGCAGAGAACAAUACAGUCAUACUUUUUGCUCUCGUGAAGUUUAUUAUCUAGAUCUCUCUUUCAAAAGCUUGACUGUGCAUAGGAGGAGUGAGAUGAUGUAUAGACAGACGGAGGAAGAUGUGAAUCCAGAGAACAUUUUUCUAUAAAUGUGGACCUUUUAUGUGCUGAAGAAAGAGCUAGUGGAGAGGGAAAAGUAAAUGAUACAAAAGAAAUAUGGUAAUUGAGUGAGCAGAGCCCGGGAGCCACCAGAGUGUGCUGAGCUCUAGAAAGGGCUGAUGGGGCUGAAGGAGGGAAUGAUAGGGAGACAUAUUACUAAAUUUAUGGGUAGGGAUUAUACAUGAAAGGAAUUUUUUCUUGAAAAACUUUUUAUUUUGUUAUUAUCAGUUUGUAAAGCAGAAGGCAAAGUCAUUUGUCUGGGAAAAUUGGAUAAUAUUGAGGACAAUGGAGGAAUAUUGCUAUUGCCCCUGGAGGAAAUGGUGCAGUGAGCUGACCAGAGCAUUAUGAAGUCACUAAUAUUACAGAAGGCUAGCAGGAGUAGCCCGGUCUCUAGUUUCCUCAGCCACUCUGAGUAGGUGGUAUAGGAACAGAGAGGGUGAUGAUCCAAAGUUGAGUGGUUUUUAGGAUGGGUACACUGAAGGGCAAGGUGACAAAUGAAUUGGGAUGCUGGCAAGAAGACAGGUGAAAUGAUUCACAGUGGGAUCUAGACAGGAUAGUGAUGAAGGCCUAGAGGAGGAAGAGGAAAGGAAGGAGUGAGAGGAAGAGAGGGAGGAGGAGGAGGAGGGAGGAGGAAGAGCGUGAGUUGUAGAAGGGAGGAGCUGAGGAACUGGUUCUCUGUGAAGUUAAGAACAAUAGAGUGACACCUUAUGUGAUGUGACAGGAUUGACUACAGUAGCCUGUCAUCUUGACCCAAAUUGAUCUGAAUUUUAUGUAAGAUUUUAUAUAAAAUAAUCAAAUACUUAAGCAAAUAAUCUCUCAAAAAAUGUCACAUUUUAAAUUCUAGCUUGUCUCCUGCACUAGUAGUGAAUACAUGCUUCUUAUUAAAUAAAAGGAGCCCCAGUAGCACAGUAGUUAAGAGCUCGGCUUCUAACCAAAAGAUCAGCACUUCGAAUCCACCAGCUGCUCCUUCGAAACCCUAUGGGGCAGUCCUACUCUGUCCUGUAGCGUUGCUAUGAGUCAGAAUCCACUCAAGGGCAACGGGGUUUGGUAUUAAAGACUUCUGAAGAAGUUUCAUUUGAUCAUUUUUUUCUCCAGCAUCAACCAUUGUUUCCUAGUUGACUCAGUAAAGUUGGCUUUAGAGAAUAACAGUAAGUUUAGGGACCUAAAAUAAAACCCUGAACGUAAAAAUCUCUGGCUUCAGCAACCUCAGCUGAAACAAGCUGGGCAUGUCCCUUUAAGCAGUUACAUUUGGAGUCUUCACUUGAUUCACUCCCAAUUCUCUUGUUGUGUUUCCUGGUUGCUACACAUUGAAAUAAAUAGUAGAGUGUGUUAAAAUCUUUGGUUUAAAUUUAGUACCUAAAAUGUCUCAUAUUGUGUGACACUCUCAACUGAAGUCGUUUUUCAUAAAACUAGCAUAUAUGCAUUGCUAAAUGAAAAGGGCUUCAGUAAAAAACAAACGAAGAAAACCUGUUUUAUAGGAAUUGGCAGAUUGAAAAUUCUAUGAUUUAUUCCAGUGUGUAUAAAAUUCACCUGGGUGGCUCGCUGAAAAUGUAGAUUUAGGCUCUACAUUUGGGCAUGAUGAUGUGGGUUGUCCAUAGACUCAACUUUGAUAAACCUACUGAAGACCUUCUAGUUUUGGAAGAUUACUACAGUACUGGGCACCACCCUGAGUCAUUUUGACAAAGAAAUAAAAUAAAUAGCAAGAAAGGGAAAAUAGAAAAGAAAAAGAUAGGGAGAAAAUAAGAUGAAGGAAGGAAGGAAGAGAAAUAAGAAAUAAGUCUUGAAGAAGUCCAUUUAUAAAUUUCUAUAUUUUAAAACGUAAAUUUCAGUGGAUGCUAAGUAGUGGUACAAAAUUUUAAGAUUACAGAUGAAAAACAAUGUGACGUGUACAAGAUUGCACAGGAAAAAAAAAUUAAAAAAAUACUGUCCACGAAGAGCUAAACUGGCUAUAAAUUCAAACUCUAAGUAUCAAAGGUCAAAUGUAGCCACUGGUUUUAUUUUGCAACCUUUUAAAUUGUAAUGUGGUGGAUGUACUACCUGUGACCAGGUUUGGUAAUGGAGCAGGACUGUAAUUAUAAACAAAUAGAUUGGAUUAUUUUAUUUUUGUCCCGAAUAGCACAUCAAGCCAGUGAAUCAUCAAGGCAACUUUCAAUCUCAGAGACGACUUGGGUGGUGCAAACAGCCUGUACUUGACCACUAACUUAAAGGUUGGUGAUUUGAACCCACCUGGCAGCCACAGAAGAAAGGCCUGCUGAUCUAUUUCCAUAAAGAUUAGAACAAAGAAAACUGUAUGGAGCAGUUCUCCUCUGUAACACACGGGGUCUCCAUGAGUUGGAAUCCACUGAUGGCAAUGGUUUUCCAUUUUUUGUUUGUUUUGUUUGGUUUUAAGGUUGUGGGGAAGAUUAAAUGAGACAUGAGGAUAAUGUCUGGCAAAUAAUCAGUGGAGACUGCGUAGCAGAGUGGUUAUGACCACAAACUCUGGAUGUCAUAGUCCCUGGGUUCAAAGGACUACUCAACCACUAAUUAGCUCUAUACCCUUGGGCAAGUUAACUCGACUGAACUUUCUCACCUGUAAAAAGAGAAAUAAUAAUAAUAGUGCUUGCCCAUAGAAAUAUUGCCAGUAAUACAUAAAAUUAGUAAAUCUAAAGCACUUGGAACAACAGUUCAAGGCUCACUGUGAACACUCAGUAAGUAUUAUCCUGAAAUAUAACUUCUAUUGUCAAGUUCUCUAAAACCUGAGAAUCUCUAAAAUUUUGUGUUCUCUAAAAAUUUUAAAAAUGAUUAUUCAACAUGAGGAAGUGUGUAUGAUUUAUAAAGUUAUAGUUCUCUUGAGUCUUAUUCAAUUCAAAUCAUUGAAUACCUACUGUUAUAGGCAAUAAGUUGCUCCAUAAAAAGAUGGGUAAGACAUGGUCCCUGUCCUCUGAAGACUCAAGCAUUACAAGGUAUCCUAUUAACUUGGUUUUCUUGGAUAGGUAUUAUGCUAUUUUGGGAAAUAGCAUAGAAGCUAAUUGAAAAUAUGUUUUUCAAUACAAAUAAAAGCAUAUGAAGGACAGAAGAAGACACCAAUAUAUCACUAAGCAUAGCAGAUCACACAAGACAAGAUGCUGACAUUUUUCCAGAGCCAGAUAUAGUGAAACGGAUGGAGCAUAGAUUAUGAUACCAGUAAACCUGGAUAGUCAAGUGCUAACUCUCGUGUUUACUGAUUCUGUGACUACAGGCAGUUGAUACAACCUAUGUCUCAUUGUCUUCACCUGAAAAACAGGCACCUAUCUACCUUGCUGAAUUGCUAGGAUGAUUAAAUGAGCUUAUGUUUGUGAAAAUGCUUUAUCAACUCUAAGAUGUUAUGCAUUUGUAUGGUUUUAUCAUGAUUUAUAUAAUAUAUAAGGGCCCCUGGUGGCACAAUGGUUAAGCGCUCUGCUGAUAACUGAAGCUCUGUGGAAUCAAGACCUGGCGAUCUGCUCCUGUAAAGAUUACAACCUAGAAAACCCUAUGGGACAGUUCUGCUCUUUCACGGGGGUUGCUAUGAGUUGAAAAUCUACUGUAUGGCACCUAAGAACAACGACAUAUGGAUUUCUGAAGAUCUGUGUAGGCUCCGGAGCUCUGGUGGCACAGUGGUUAAAAACUGGGCUGCUAACUGAAAGGUUGGCAGUUUGAACCUACCAGCCACUCCUUGGAAACCCUGUGGGGCAGUUCUCCUCUGUCCUAUAGGGUCACUAUGAGUUGGAAUCCACUCAAGGGCAAUGGGUUUGUUGAUUGUUUGUUUUUUGGAUGUAUGGCUCAGAAAAAAAGCACUUAGACUAAUGUAGUUUUAAUAGAGAUACAGAAAACUUAUUAUUGUCUGUAGAAUUACCUCUAGACCAGUCACGGAUGGGGAACUUGAAGCCGAGGUUAGAAAAAGAAGAAACAUCAUAGCUGGCAAAUGAAACGGUGGAGCGGCUGAAUGACUGACCUAGGAAACAGGCAACAAGUGGCAGAGUAGGAUUUGAAGCUGAUGGUUCCUUCCACUACACUCCAUGCCAUUCCCCUGGCUAUUUCUCAGUUAAGUGGAAGGGGUGCAGGCUUCAAAUUCAGACCUGAGUUAAAAUUCCUGCUUGUCACUUCCUAGUGUGUAACUUGAUCAAGUUACUGAAGGUCUGGGAGCCUCAGUUCCCUCCUCUGGAAAGGGGAGUGGAACCACGCUCGGCAAAGUUGUGAGCACUAGAGAUUAUGCCUCUAAAGUACCUGCUUAACAAUUAGCUGCUGUAUUAUUUUUCUUACGAUUAUACAAUGUCAGAUUUCAAGGCAAAUUGAGUUAUAUACUUGCAAGAUAGGCAUACUAAUGCAACAGAUAAUAGCGGCCAUUUUACUGAGGUGUUUCUAUGUGCCAGGCACCACCUCAAGUGCAGUUACGACGUGUAUGAUCUCAUUUCAUCUGCAAAACAACCUGAUGAUGUAGGUAUGACUGUUAUCCCCACUGAGGCUCAGUCAGUGAAACUAACUUGCCCAAGGUCACCUAACGACUUUGUGGUGGAGCAAAUAUGCAAACCUGGCCAUUUGUGACUUCAGAUCCCACUUCCCUAGCUACUGGAUUAUUCCUGUCCCUCCUGGGCCAGUGUAGGAAAUGUGGGGCAGAGAAUGAUAGGGUAAGUUGUUUCGUAAGAAUUGUCUUUUGAAUGGGUAUUUGCCUUCGGAAUCCUCACCAUUGCUGUAGACAGUAUUGCAAGGGGCCUGCCCCCAUCUGUCAUACAACUUUGGCUCUGUUAUGAAGCCUCCCUGGGCUCUAGUUUCCUUUUUGGUAAAGUGGCACUAUUCCACGUGUUGUAAGGGUUACAGUGAACAUUUCAAUAGGAUAAUGACGUAGAGCAUAGUCCUGGCGUCUGUCUCCAUCUCUAAUCUCUUUUCCCCACUCUCUUCUGAAGUAGCAGUCUUGCCCUGACGACUGAGCCUUGGGGAAUGGCUACCAUUUUUUUUUUUUUUUUUUAUAUUUUGGAUCAACAGAAUUCUGUGUUAUUCGGCAUUCCUAUUUUUUAAACUGAUGAUGUUAUACCAUAGGAUAUUAUGAUUGAGUCCUUUGAAAGGGCAUUAAAAUAUUACUUACAUCUUCUCUAUACUUUUGAUAAACUGCUUAUAAAUGAAGAUACAUACAUACAUAUAUACAUGUAUAUAUAUAUAUAUAUAUAUGUACACACACAUUUUUUAAAAAUCUAUCUUUGCAUUGAUUUGUUGUAUUCUGUGUCUGGAUGUGUAUACUUAGAACAUGUCCCUUUAAGAACCAGUAGCCAGCAGCAAAAAAUAACCUAGAGCAGGUCAGGUUACUGCCAGCCUCCAAAGACACCCUUCUGGGGUCAGGUUGCUUAUUUCUCUGGCACCUCACAGGGAUGUGGGAGAGCUUGAGCUAUCCCAGCCGGGGGAGAAUGUGUGGCUUUGUGCAUAGGAGUCCUAGCUUUCAGCCAGGCUCCCUCAAGCUUUCACUUCUUCUGUGCUUGCCCCUUUCUUUAUGGUGGAAAGAUUCUUGGUUGGAUCACAUUUAGAGGUUGCCUUAAAGUAAUUGUGCCCCUUUCUAGGGACCUGGGUACAAGAGCUGUCUUUCCUAUCCACCUUGGCUUUUGCACUGUUUCUUUGAAAACUAAAAAUGAAAAAGAUAUCAAGAGCCAUCAAAACAAGCGAACAUCUCCCAUUCCCAAGGUGGAAGAAUGGUAGCCCAGUGUGGGAAGGUCAAGUGAGGACCACCCUCCUCCCACCUCCUCUGCGUGGGGGGAGGGUUGUCCUUGACGUCUCAGCUAGACUUUUCUUGAAGGGGAAUGUUUUUACUGGCAUAUGCCAAGGGAUCAGAGAAUAAACAGGGUGUAAACAGGGCCUAAUAUUCAAUAAAGAUAAACAAACAAACAAAACUGAAUAUGCCCCUCAAUUAGGUCCAAAAAUACCAAACCCACUGCCGUUGAGUUGAUUCCGACUCAUAGCAACCCUAUAGGACAGAGUAAAACAGCCUCAUAGAGUUUCCAAAGAGUGCCUGGUGGAUCUGAACUGCUGACUUCUUGGUUAGCAGCUGUAGCACUUAACAACUACACCACCAGGGUUUCCAGUCUGAUAAGGUCCAGGUUUGUUCAACUGUAAAGAAAACAGUGAGCUAUCUUAAGAAGCAGUACACCAUGUGAGAGGUGCCAAAGGACCAGCAAGAACUUAGAUCAUCUGGGAGCUUGUCUCAGUGUUGUUACUGAAUUAGCCGAGUUGCAAUUAGAGAAUUUUAUAGCUAGGAGGUAUCUGGGAGUGACUCAAAUUCUUAAAUCCUCUCAUUUUGCAUAUAAGGAAGGUGAGGCCCAGAGAGGUGGCCCAAAGUUACUGAGCUAGUUGGUAGUGGAUCUGGACCUGCAGUCCAAGUACUCAGGUCAUACCCUGCCAUCACACUGCAAAGACAUAGUCAUAAGGGCCAGGAUCUCUCCAAGCCCCAUUUUCCCCAUCUACCUGUCAUACCUGCUUUAUGAGAUUAUUGUCAGGAUCUGCUAACUGGGUGUGAAUGAAGUUACUUUUUAAGGCUAUUAAAUUAUACAUAUACACACAUAUGUAUACAUAUAUCAUGAGUUAUAUGUACAGUGUAAUGCUUAGGGUUUUGUUAAAAUUGUUUUUAUAAGAAUGCAAUAAAAAAAUCUAGGUUGUCUUUUGGAAAUAUGAAACACCAUGAAAUUCCCAGGGAGUAUAAUGGCGAGGGAGUCCAUGGGUGGUGGAAACAGUUAACAUGCUCUGCUACUAAUUGAAAGAGGUACCUGGGAAGAAAGGCCUGGCAGUCUACUUCCAAAAAAUCAGCCACUGAAAACCCUGUGGAGCACAGUUCUACUGUGACACACAGGGCCUCCAUGAAUCAGAAUUGACUUGACAACAACUGGUUUUAUAAUGGCAAGAUCUCUAGACUUAGAGUUAUUAACCUGAUUGCCCAUCUGUUGUUGUUGUUGUUGUAUGCCAUCGAGUCGAUUCCAACUCAUAGCAAACCUGUAUGACAGAGUAGAACUAUCUCAUAGGGUUUCCUGGGCUAUAAUCUUUAGGGUAGCAGAUUGCCAGGUAUUUCCCCUGGGAUCUGUUGGGUAGAUCCUAUCAUACAACUCUAUUAUUUCUUUGCUUUUCUGCAAAAUGGGAAUAAUAAAAUUCUAAGCUUGCCUUGGAGUUGUCCAGGUAUUUCCCCUGGGAUCUGUUGGGUAGAUCCUAUCAUACAACUCUAUUAUUUCUUUGCUUUUCUGCAAAAUGGGAAUAAUAAAAUUCUAAGCUUGCCUUGGAGUUGUCCUGAAGAUUAAAAAAAAAAAAAAAAAAGUACAUCACAGUACUUGGUGAACUGUAAGGCACAGAACAGAAGUGAACUAUUGUUACCUAAUAGCAUUGAGUGCCAUAGUCCCUGUCCAUAAAGCACAUAUGAUAUAAUUAAGGAGACAGGUCGUAUAUCCAAAAGCAAAUUUCAGCAUUACCUGACCUUGGUCAGCACUAAUGACUGUAAUGACCCAAUGAAUCCUUUUAUUAUAGUUUACAAAUGGAAGUGUAAUCAUCUUUAUAAUUAUUUUAAAAUUGAUCUUUCUCUAUAGGCAUUUACUCGAAUUAUCAAGAUUUAUGCAUGGUAUACUUUAUAUUUACAGGACAUUAUUUACUGUAAUAAUAUGGAAGGUAGAGAUUUAAAUGGUAUUUUUAUGACUUUCACUCUAGUUAGACCAUUUGCACUAAUAUAUGUGUGUGUGAUUGAUCUCGUUGGUGAUCUACUUCCAAAAAAUCAGCCACUGAAAACCUAAUGGAGCAUACUUCUUCUCUGACACACAUGGGGUCGCCAUGAGAUGGGGUCAACACAAUGGCAAUUGGUUUUACUGGUUUUUAUUAUUUGACAGGAGAGGCCAAGCAAUUUUCCCAAGACCUCGUGGAAUGUAAAUGGCAGAGCUGGGAUUUGAAGCAAGAUCUUCUGAUCUCAAAUACUCUUGCUAUUAUAAUCUAUUCUUCUGUAGAAUGUUGGGGCUUCCAUUCUGUGGACUGCAUUCUUCCUUUGUUUCUUCCAUUUAUACCAUCAUUCAUACCACUUGGAACACUCCUUUGCCAAGGAAACAUGAAGCAACACUGUUUCCACCCUUAAGGAAUUUAUAGUCUUAGAGGGAAAGCAAAGCAAACACGUAAAUAUAUAAAUAAUUAUAUACAUAAAAUAAGGGGUGGACUAUAUUGACAACUAUAGAAAAGACACAAAGUUUUAUACGUGCUUACUGAGGGAAGAAGUUCCAUGUGGAACUCUGUCGUAUGACCUUUCAUACUUCCAGGACUAAAUCUCUGUGGAUGGAACUGACUCUUUUAUAUAAGGCUCUUCUGAUGUAGAGCGUCUUCUAUUAGUGGUAGAGUUGAUUUACAAACAGAGAGAAAACUACCGGCACUUAGAUCUGAUUUCUUUAGCAAAAGAGGCAAUAUUGAAUUAACAACAACCAAAAAAAAAAAAAAAAGGAAAGAAA